AGCUCACAGCUAGCAAAAACACCACCUAACCUACCAUAACUCCAUGGAUUUCCCUCUCCAAUUCCAAGCCAUUGCUGCCCUUCUUGCCUUAGUUCUUUGAUACAAGCUAUGGCUAGCAAAGCCCAAGAGCAAGGUCUCCAAGGGAAAGAAAGCCCCUGAACCAGCUGGUGCCUGGCCCAUCAUUGGCCACCUCCAUCAACUUGCUGGCCCUGAACCACUCACCCGAACCUUCGCAUCAAUGGCUGAGAAGUACGGCCCGGCCUUCAUCCUACGGCUCGGAACACGCCGUACACUUAUCGUGAGCGGUUGGGAGAUUGCAAAGGAGUGUUUCACUACCAACGACAAGGUCCUCGCAACCCGCCCCAAGAGCGCGUCAGGUGAUAACAUGAGCUACAACUACGCCAUGUUUGGGUUCUCCCCAUAUGGAGCCUACUGGCGUGAGAUGCGCAAAAUCGCUACUCUUGAACUCUUAUGCAACCGGCGGCUCGAGUCGCUCAAGCACGUCCGAGUCACUGAGGUUGGCAUGUGCAUGAAGGAGUUGUAUGGACGGUGGGUCCAUAACGGACGGUCCCCAGUUCAGGUCGAGAUGAAGCAACGGCUCUUCGAGCUCACAUUCAACACGCUUAUCAUGAUGAUCGUGGGUAAGAGAUUCUUCAGCGGCGCCCAUGGUAUCAACGAUGAGGCUGCAGCAAUCAAGAUCCGGAAAUUGAUGGAACGAUCAUCAUAUCUUAGUGGGGUGUUUGUCGUAGUGGUAUUGGAAUUCCAUGGUAUCUUAGUGGUAUUUAAUUCCAUGGUCCACUAA